AUGCGAUUAGAAGAAUUCACACAAAGGAUUGUGGAUAACUACAUCGCAAACGUUACGAAACAAUUAACUGAAGUACAUAAUGCGAAGGUAAUCCGAAGUCCAAUAACAAACCAUGUCAUAAUCUGCAGCACAAACUUCAAGCAAUCGAGUUCAAAGAGCUGGAAACAACAAGCUUCGAUAAAGCAAAACUGCCUUUCACAACUUGUAUCCUCUUGUCGAACGACAAAUCUACACAAGGAAUAA